CUAAAAGUCAUGUUGCCUCUUAGUGUUUUCAACUAAUGUCAUGGUUCAAAUUAACAAUCAUUUCACACAAUAAUAUGAAUGAAAAUAAUCAAUGUAGGCCAAACAAACACUCAAAGAAUAUAAGAAGCAGUAAAAAUAUAUUGAGCUGAGUAACACAUCUCCUCCUUAUACACGAGCUUUUACAGCAGUGCGACGAGGGGACGUCGCUUUGACGAUGUUAGCCGACUUUUAACGAAGUGCGCCGCCGCCGGCCGAGCAGCUCGUCUCCAUAAACAGGCUUCUCUCCCGAUGCAGCUUUCCACAACGCUCUUUGUCCGCCAGCUGCUGACCGAUGACGCGUCUCCUUUCAGCAUGAUGUCGGACGCAAUCAUGUCUUAUUUAAUUAAUGUGUGCAAUGUCGGCAGGCGUUAAAACCCAGCGACGGUAGGAGGAGGAGGAGGAGGAGGAGGAGGAGAGGGGGGGUCUAGCAUCACCUCAUCUCAAAGUGGCGAACAGGAGUCCAGUGUCCUUGCGCGUCUCAGCCGCUGCAACACGUCUCCGGGACGGAACAUGUCUUUUCAUUCAGCGGGGGAAACAGACUGGUGAAGGCGGCGACAGUGCUCUCACCCCCGGUAUGUGUGUUGGAUGUUUGGAAGAGACAACAUUUGACAACAAUUUUAAAGGAGCUCUCCCACGUCUCUCCCCCUCUGCCUUGGGACCAACCAUCCCGACAACCUCCCCCCACCUUUAACCUUCUCUAAUGAUGACAUCCCCAGACUCUCCCCCUCUGGUCUCCCCUUCCCCAUGUCCUGCUCCCCCUCCAUCCCUCCCCUCAUCCCCGGUCCCCUCCUCCCCAGCCCCUUCUUCCUCCUCGCUUCCUGUCCAGCCCUCGCUGCCUCCCACGGGGGAAGUGAUGGUGCUGGCUCUGGGCAGGAAGAAACAGAGGGUUCUGAUUGCGCUCUCCAUCCUGCCCAACCUCUUCCUGGCCUUUCUGCUCUCUUCCGACCCCCUCAUCACCCUGUCGCCGCCCCACCACUGCCACCUGCCGGGGCCCCUACCAUCACCUGAAGUGCUGAACGCCUCCCUGCCCUGGGAGAAGUCGGGAAGGCCCGGGGACAGCGGGGGACUGUCCCAGUGUAAGCAGUACGUCAACGGCAGCCAGUCAGCAGUGGUGGAGUGUGAGGCCGGCUGGGACUACAACGUCACUGAGGGGCUGAGGAACAACAUCGUUACUGAGUGGGAUCUGGUGUGUGGUCAGUACUGGCUGGUCCCAGUGGAGGAGGUGUGUUUCAUCCUGGGCGUCCUGACUGGCUGUCUCAGCCUGGGCUUUGCCGCUGACAGACUGGGCAGGUCCAAGGCUCUGCUGACCUCGCUGACCUUGUCGGUGGUGUUUGGGGUGUUGGUGUGUGUCUCCCCGUACCCCUCCAUCUUCAUCGUCAUGCGUUUCUGUUUGGCGGCAGCUAGCGCGGGAGUCUACCUCACUCUGUACAUCACCCGUCUGGAGCUGUGUGAACCGUCUCUGAGGCUGGUGGUGACCAUGCUGGCCGGGCUGAUGACCGUAGCCGGAGAACUGCUUCUACUGGCCGUCGCCCUGGGCUGCCAGUCCUGGAGGGGCCUGCUGGGAGCCGGCGCCGCCCCACUGACUCUUUUCCUCAGUUAUGGGUAUGAGUGUCAUUCCCGGGUGUUUCCAGAGUCUCCUCGCUGGCUCCUUCUGUCAGAGAGAUCUGCAGACAUGAACUCCUUCACCGAGAGAAGAAACUCCAACAGAGAUUUGAGGGACGACGAGAGCUUCACAGAGCUGGAUUCAGAGCCGGCACCCUCCUCACGCCCCAACCUGUCCUUCCCCGAGCUCUUCCACAGCAGGAACAUCUGGAAGAACAUGUGUGUGCUCGGCUUCACCUCGUUCAUCUCUCACGGCAUUAGUCACUGUUACAGCUCUUUCCGUGGUGACGUCAGAGGCACCGCCCCUAGCUUCUAUUGGACGUACCUGCUGUCUGUUUGCGCAGGGGGUGGUGCCUGGCUGUUGCUCUGGGCGACUGUAGACAGGUGUGGUCGCCGUGGCAUCCUGCUCCUCUCCAUGACGAUGACGGGGCUGGCUUCUUUGAUCCUCCUGGGACUCAUGGAGUAUCUCAGUGAGACGGCCAUCACAGUUUUCUCAGUGCUGGGUCUUUUCUCCUCCCAGGCCACCGCCUCCCUCUGCAUCCUCUUCACUGCAGAGAUCAUGCCCACCGUCAUCAGGGGCAGCAGUGUGGGCAUAGUGCUGGCUCUGGGCUGCGUGGGCCGCCUCAGCUCCCCGCUCAUGGACCUGAGGAACCACUACGGGUACUUCCUGCACCACGUGGUCUACUCCUCUCUGGCCCUGUUGGCCGUGCUGUCCAUCCUCCUGCUGCCCGAGAGCAAGAGGAAGCCGCUGCCCCAGACGCUGGCUGACGGGGAGCAGUACAGACGCCCCCCGCUGGGCAGGAGGAGGAGGGACAAUGUGCCGCUGCUAGCCACACCCAACCCAGAGACCUAAAAGACCCCUGAAAGAGUGAGAUGGACUGUGCUCAAACCAGCCGGGACAUUCCCAUCCAUCACGUUCAUGCGGAGGAGGAGAAAGGCUGAGCGAUACACAGAAAAGGGCUGCACAGAACAGAUGACCGUGGACAGACGAUGAAGGAUGGCGAUGAACGUGAUCAGACAGCCUGAGCUUCUUAACAUAUCAUCUUUUAGUCAUUCCAAACGCAGGCGGUUGGGUCGAACCACCGUUUCUCGUCACCAUUCUCUGUUUCCUGCCAUUGAGAUGUUUGUAAUCACACAAUGCUCACAGACUCAUGUAGGGAAGCGUUCAUCGUCAUCUCCUGCUGACCAGACGGCAGGUCAUCCCCCAUCAUGUGACACACCAGCACACUGCUGCACGCUGUCCCCCCCCCC